CCGCCACCAUGUCAGAAUAUCGGCCCGGCCGCUCACCUCUUCUCUCCUGCAGGACCUUACCUGUUCCUCGCUCCAGUCUUCCCGCAGCAGCUUCUGUGACAGCCGGGUGCCCACUGCGCAUGCACGAGAAGCGCUGCGCUUUGCCCGCAGUGUCUGGUCAUCCCCUGUACUGUGUCCGCAGUCUCUGGUCAUCCCCUGUACUGUGUCCGCAGUCUCUGGUCAUCCCCUGUACUGUGUCCGCAGUCUCUGGUCAUCCCCUGUACUGUGUCCGCAGU